AAACUACCCACUGAGUCAGACAUCCAAAUAGAAAUAGAAAUUAUACUGAAACCUUUCAAAGCUUCAACUAUCGAUCAAAUCACCUUUAUCAACUCAAUCAUCGGCCGAUAUCAGUCCUGAUCGAUUCUUGACCUAUCAUGGCAGCACAUCGACAAGAUAAUCCAUUUCAAGACCCACCAACACACGGACUAGAUGCCAAUCCAUUCUCAGAUCCAACCGUACAAGGAGCAUUAGGAUCACAUGCAGGAUAUGAAGAAACGGCUUAUCAAGUUGAAACACCUUCUGAAUUUCAUAAUGUAGAUACCAAUUCAUUAGGCGAUUCAAUAGGAACUAGUGGUAGAAGUGAUGAUACUGCUGCUCGAUUGGCUGAGAUUAAAAGGAAAGAAACCGAAUUAGAACAAAGAGAAAGAUCAUUGGGUCAAAGAGAAGAACAUGUUAAAAAUUACGGAAAGAAUAAUUGGCCUCCUUUUUAUCCUGUCUUUUUUCACGAUAUCGAUGUUGAAAUUCCAACAGAAUUAAGACCAGAUGUUAGAACGAUUUAUCGAGGCUGGCUUCUAUUAGUUUUAGUUUUAGCUUGGAAUAUGAUCACAUCAAUAUUUCUUUUGACAAGUGGUGCGAGCGCAGGUGGAGCAGAUCUAGGAUCUGGAAUCUUUUAUCUCCCAGUUAUCACUGUACUAUCAUUUCUUCUUUGGUAUAGACCUGUGUACAAUGCAUAUGCAAAGGAGCAUUCAAUUUUUUACCUGUUGUACUUCAUUUUUGGAGGUUUCCACGUUGCAUUUUGUUUUUACAUGCUAAUAGGAAUUCCAGGCACAGGUUCGGCAGGAUUGAUCAAUAUGAUUGCAGCUUUUGGUAGAGGAAGUAUCUUAACAGGUGUUUUCGGAGUGAUUGCUACGGUGGGUUGGGCUAUUCUAAGUUUGGGAAAUGCAUGGAUGUGGAGAGCAGUUUGGAAACAUUGGCAUGAUAAAGGUCAUACGUUUAGUCAGGCUAAAGAAGAAGUAGCUACUAGUGGUUUGAAAGCUUAUUUUGGACGUGGAAAUAAUCUUUGAUAAACAAUUUUACAGAAUUGAAGCAGAAAUGAGAAAUAGAAGGAAUAAAGCAAAUGAUAUUUCUAAUGUUGAAAAACUUCUUUUUGAUUUUCAAUUUGUUUGUUUCUUAGAAUGAUUUUCUGUUUCUGUUUCUUUGUCUUUUUUUUCUUUAUUUGAUACAUAGUUGAAAUAGGAUAGGCAUGAUAGUCAGAUACAUAAGAUGUCUUUUCUUACUUUCCUUUACCUUUUUGUUUUGGACGGGUGAAUGUUGAAAACAUGUCUUUACCUUGAAAAAGGGCUUGUUUGUUUGUGUUUGUGUGUUUGUGUGUUCUUUAUAAGAAAUCAAAGUGAUGUAACAUCU